GUCUGCUUCCGUUAAGUGAUUACCCGUAAUUCCGCGCGCCCUGUCUUUCUCCUGUCGCGGUUACAGGCCCCGUUUCCGUUAUUGCGGCCUGGGUGUGGGUUGCCAGCGGUGGGGGUAUCCAUCCGUACCAAAAGCAAGGUAAGGUGCUGUACGUACCUACAGUACCUUGCGAAGUGUGGAACGCAAGUUGACAGGGCAUGGGUGCCGUUGUUGUUGUUGUUGUUGUUGUUGUUGUUGUUGUUCCGCUUGUUGGGCACACCCCCUGUCGUCCUUCCGUUUUCUCUGUGUUCGGCCAGGGAGGAGAAAAGGGCCAGGAAAGCGAGAGAUGGGCACGAAAUUCACCUGCCCCACGGUACCCACGGCAUCCUGUUUCCUGGGACGUACCCUUGACACAUAUCUCUGCCCGCCCCUGCCCUUGUUCCCCAGCUUCUUGUUUUUGCUUCCCAGAGUCCACGAGAUAUAAGAAACUCACAUCCCCAUCUCAUGGUUACCUUCAGCCCAACUUGUAUCGACAACAAUCCGAUAUCGACAUCAUCAAGACAUUUCAUCAUCGCCUGAUUAGCAACCAGCAUCCACCACCUGGACCACCGACUACUACUAUUUUCAAAACAACAACCAUCACACAUACACCAACAACAACAACAACAACAACAACAACAACAACAACAACAACAACAACAACAACAACAACAACAGCAACCAUGUACUCUUCAUAUGGUUCUUACAGCUCUUCGGCUUCUUCCAGCCGAUCCUCUUCCUACGGCAGCUCGUACUCCAGCAUCUCGAGGCCGAUGGACAUUUCCCCGAUCAACAUCUCUUCUUCCGGAGCCGAUGCCUCGUGUGCUUUCCCCUCGUGGCCCCGCCGCACCUCGCUCUGCGAAUCCGAGUCUGACUACGAGCGCCCGACUUCCUUCCUUUCCGACGAGGACUUGAUGGGCGAUGUUUUCGACGACGAUGUGCGCAGUGUUUCCAGCAGCGGCAGCUCGCCCAUGCACUCUCCUCCCAAGGCGCCCUUCAUGACCGAGGCCGAGAUCCUUGAGAUGCAGCGUGAGCAGGCCGCCUACCAGCGCGAGAUGGUCAGCUUGCUCGUCAGGGAGAAGGAGAGGCGCAAGGCCCAGGCCAAGCGUCAACGCAGCGCCGGCAAGGCUUCUUCCAAGAAGAGCACCAAGAGCAAGCUCAGCGCCAUGACUCCCAUCGCCGAGUCUGAGUAAAAAGGGCAACACGAUAUCGGAUGCACGAUGCAGCCUGUGCCGUGGCGAUUGCAACCUCAUUUUUAUUGAUACCCCGUUUCUGGCUUUUCGACCGCUUUCAUUUUCUUCUUCUGCAACCACCAGCAUCAGCAUCAGCAUCGUCGGCAUUGUUUUUUUUCUUUUCUCAUCAACACCACCGUCAUCAUCGUCAAACCCCCACGGGAAAACGGCCUUUCCCCCCUCCCCCCCACACCGAGGGUUCG